AUGGGUGCGGCACUGACAAGGUCCGCACAGUGGACGGCUGCGGGGCACGGGGCUAGGGCCCUGGAAACUACCCCUCUCAAUGAGGCGAUACUGAAGGAAAUUAUUGUGUUUGUGGAGAGUUUUAUCUGUAAACAUCCCCAAGAGGCAGACUAUGUUUUUGUAGAACCACUGGAAUGGAAAACCCGUUUGGACCCCUCAGCCUUUGGACUGGGUCAUGUUGUCAGUGAAACAACAGUCAAGUCAGAAGAAGCGGAUAAAAAUGGACAGCCUUUGCUAUUUCUCUCUGUACCAGAGAUUAAAGUUAGGAGCUUUGGGCAGCUGUCACGUGUGUUGUAUAUUGCCCAAAAUACGAAGCUGGAGGAAGCACAAGCAUGUAUUGAAGCAAACAGAAACCCCAUAGCAAAAAUCCUUGGCUUGGAUUAUAAUAUGAUAAAGGAAAUAAAUGAAGACUCAUCUGUAUUAACUAUUCUUGAUAAAAUUACCAAAGAUGGUGAUCCUGAAAGUGAGAUUAAGAUGAAGAUUGCCCUGCUACUCAAGCAGCUGGAUCUGCACCUACACAAUCGUUCUCUGAAAAAUAUUUCCCUAGAAAUACGAUUAAAUCCAGGGACUGUUAAGAAUGAUAUAGAGCUGCUUAAACGGUCCUCAGGAAAGGGAGAAAAGACAGUCUUGGAAUCUAUCGAGUACACCUCAGAUUACGAAUUUUCAAAUGGAUGUCGAGCCCCGCCUUGGAGACAAAUUCAAGGGGAAAUUUGUUAUGUGCUGGUGAAACCACACGAUGCUGACGCUUUGUGCAUUACUUGUAGCAAAGAAGGAGUGUUUUUAAAUGGUGGCAAAACAGAUGAUGAGGGGGAAAUUAAUUAUGAGAGAAAAGGAGAAAUUUAUAAAGACCUUGUCACACUUUUAAGAGAGAAAUCAGCAGUAUUUUCUGAAAAUAUGUCUCAACAGGACGUUAGAUUCAAUGGAGAACAGCAAAAGGAAGAGGAUCAGCCUGACGAGGCACCUGAGGAGGAAGCAGCCGCUUUACGUAAAGCUAGCGCUGCUUUCCGCAGGAGUGCGCUGGAGAGGAAGCAAAUCAGUUUGGGAAGGAGUCAGCUGACCAAGAGAUUAGAGCCAAGUUUGAACUGGAAGACCACUGUUGAUGCCAAAGGCAAAAGCUCACGAAGAGACACCCAAGAAGAAAAACGUGGAGGAAGACUUGAAAAGUCCAGACCAUCUACUUCACCUGGAAAAGCACAGUUAAUUCGUAAGAGUGCUGAAAAGAUUGAGGAGAUUAUUAGUGAGAGCUCCUCAGAGAGUGAGGAAGAUGAAGAACCACCUGACCAUCUUCAGGAAGCAAACACAGAUUUGCCAUCAGAAUACUGGCAAAUUCAGAAGCUGGUGAAAUAUUUGAAGGGAGGAAAUCAGACGGCUACGGUGAUUGCAUUGUGUUGCAUGCAGGACUUCAACUUAGCACAAGAGACCUGCCAGUUGGCGAUCAGGGAUGUUGGAGGCCUUGAAGUUUUAAUCAAUUUACUCGAGACAGAUGAAGUCAAAUGUAUGAUUGGUUCGUUAAAAAUCCUGAAGGAAAUCAGUCAUAAUCCUCAAAUCAGACGUAACAUUGUUGACCUUGGGGGCUUGCCAGUCAUGGUUAAUAUUCUUGACUCUCCACAUAAGAGCCUGAAAUGUUUGGCAGCUGAGACAAUUGCGAACGUCGCCAAGUUUAGGAGAGCCUGGCGGGCGGUGAGACGCCACGGGGGCAUCACCAAACUGGUCGCUCUGCUUGACUGUAGGCAGCAUGCCACAGAGCCUGCGGAGCGGAGCCUGUACGAGGCCCACGAUGGGGAGGUGGCCCGCUGCGGGGCACUGGCGCUGUGGAGCUGCAGCAAGAGCUACGCGAAUAAAGAAGCCAUUCGUAGAGCUGGGGGCAUCCCUCUGUUGGCUCAGUUACUGAAGACUUCUCAUGAAAACAUGCUAAUCCCAGUAGUGGGGACGUUGCAGGAAUGUGCCUCAGAGGAAAACUACCGAGCUGCAAUCAAAGCUGAAAGGAUAAUUGAAAAUCUGGUAAAGAAGCUAAAUAGUGAAAAUAAGCAGCUGCAGAAGCACUGCGCCAUGGCCAUCUACCAGUGUGCCGAAGAUGAGGAAACCCGCGAGCUGGUUAGGCUGCAUGGAGGACUCAGAGCCCUGGCUUCUCUCCUCAGUAACGCUGACAAUAAGGAACGGCUGGCCGCUGUCACAGGGGCCGCGUGGAAAUGUUCCACCAGCAAAGAGAAUGUGACCAAAUUUCGGGAGCACAAAGCCAUUGAAGCCUUGGUGGGACUUUUAACUGACCAGCCAGAAGAAGUGCUCGUGAGCACAGUUGGUGCGUUGGGAGAGUGUUGCCGAGAGCCUGAGGGCAGAGUCACCGUCCGCAAACGUGGUGGCGUCCAGCCACUCGUGGACCUCCUCGUGGGAACAAACCGAGCUCUACUUGUCAAUGUCACAAAAGCGAUCGGUGCUUGUGCAGUAGAGCCCGAGAGCAUGAUGAUAAUUGAUCACUUAGAUGGAGUUCGUUUGUUGUGGUCCCUACUAAAAAAUCCUCACCCAGACGUGAAGGCCAGUGCAGCUUGGGCCCUCUGUCCCUGCAUCCAGAAUGCAAAGGAUGCUGGAGAGAUGGUUCGUUCCUUUGUUGGUGGUUUGGAACUUGUUGUCAAUUUACUGAAGUCAGAUAAUAAAGAAGUUUUGGCGAGUGUAUGUGCUGCUAUUACCAAUAUAGCAAAAGAUCAAGAAAAUUUAGCUGUUAUCACAGAUCAUGGAGUUGUCCCUUUAUUGUCCAAACUAGCAAAUACAAAUGAUGAUACACUGAGACGUCAUCUAGCAGAAGCCAUUUCACGUUGCUGUAUGUGGGGCAGAAACAGAGUGGCCUUUGGCGAGCACAAGGUAGUGGCUCCAUUAGUGCGGUACCUGAAAUCAAAUGACACCAACGUGCACAGAGCGACAGCCCAAGCCUUGUACCAGCUUUCAGAAGAUGCCGAUAACUGCAUCACCAUGCACGAGAACGGCGCAGUGAAGCUUCUACUGCAUAUGGUGGGGUCACCUGACCAGGAUCUCCAGGAAGCCGCAGCUGGCUGUAUAGCCAACAUUCGCAGGUUGGCUCUUGCUACAGAAAAGGCGAGAUACAAUUGA